GGGAGGGGGAGGAGCGACGCGCUUGCGCAAGCGGGACGCGCGUGGAGGGGGAACGAAGGACGCGCAUGCGCGCGCCGCUUGGUGACGCUACCCGGUGCGUGGAUAGAAUAGCCACGCUUCUCGCACGUCGUCGCGGCUGUUGAGAGAGCGUAUCAUCGUAAACAAGCGUCUGUGUGUUUAUCUAAAAAUAUUACGUUACAUGUUAAACACGAGUUUGCGAUUAUUGCCACCUUAAAUAAGGUGGUAAGAAAAGCGGCGAGGGUUAGGAAAGUGGAUAGCUGCUGCUCUAUCAAGACAGCGAGAGACAAUUUGCAGAUUUUUUUCUUCCAUUUUGGAAGAACAAGUGGCCGAGUCGAGAAUCGGCGUUAUUUCUCGAACACUUGUUUGAAGUGAUUUUCGUUUCGAUAUCGACGAUGUUAAUUAAAACGUGGAGUUGAGAAAAGAGCGUUGCUUGUAUCCCAAAGGGACAGAUAUAUCCAUUUAUAUUUUGGAAGAAUUAAGGUCGGAUUAAAACGGCGUCAUUUUUAUACCCGAAAAUUUAUACAGAUUUUUACGCAUCUUCGACGUAAAUUGUAAUAGUUAAUUUUGAAAGAAGAUUAAGAAGGUGAAAAAGCGUAUCAAAAGGAACAGAUAUUCUUCUUUCGGAAGGAGACACAUGUGAUCGUGUUCGGCGCAUCACUUUUUAUACAUUUGGAUAACGACUUACGAUUUACGUCGACAUUGUGGCAGUUGCUUCCAUUAACUUCGAGAAGCUCGAAUCUCGACUUUUUUUACGUUUCUUCGACGAAACAUGAAGCUAAUCGCGCUCAAUGAAAUUAGUGAUUAUCGUGAUAAAUUUUAUACAGACUUAAUGUUAUUUUCGUGUUUAUUACUACGAUCAGAUUUUUUGGCCAAUUCUACGUCUUCGUUACUUGGUGAACUUCAGAAACGAUAGUAAUUCAUAUAGCAGACAGGAUGUUCAGUUUUCACAAACCAAAGGUGUACCGAUCUAGUACAGGCUGCUGCAUUUGUAAAGCCAAGUCUAGCAGUUCAAGAUUUACAGACAGUAAAAAAUAUGAGGAUGACUUUAUGCCAUGUUUUCAACUUGAGGAGAGGCGUAGUGGUGAAAUAUGCAAUGCAUGUGUGCUUCUAGUUAAGAGAUUCAAAAAGCUACCUUCAGGAAGUAAUCGCAACUGGAAACAUGUUGUGGAUGCGCGUGCCGGUCCCGGUAUUAAGUCGCUGACAAAAUUUAAAGCAAAAAAUAAAAAGAAGCUUAAGGAUAAAGUUGAUAAGCUCGUUAAAAAAAAACAUAUUUACAUCAAAACAGAGGGAGAUCGAGAACAAAGUCCGGCGAUGAGUGACGAUUUAACCGAAGAUUACAGAUUAACGGAUAGCAAAACUUCAAGCAGAUCAGAAAGCGCUUCAGACGACGACGAUAUUAAUGCUAAUGAAAAACAACUGGAUCUCUCUUCUGAAGAUCAUAUUGAGAAAGAUAAUGUUAAUUUCAUCGAUUUAUCAUAUUACAAAAGGGAAGUAAUUUGUUGUGGUAACAUCUUCAAAGGUGCCAAUGGUGAGGUGAUAAUGUACCCUUCUUUCCUCAAACCUUGCAUAAGCUGUUUUACCAGACGGCAGCUCACUGCUUCUUUGGCAUCCGUCAGUCCUACUCACAGUUCAGCAUCUGUUAGUCCUGCUCAUAGCGUCGAAUCUACAUCAUCAUCAAAUACAGAGACUAAUUCCAAACAAAGCACCAAGACAUUCAGUGAUUCGUCAUCUGAUUCCGGUUAUGACGAGUCCUCCAAUCAGUAUGAAAGCAAGAUGGCAAAAAAUGUUCAGAUCAAGGAAGAUGUAGAGAUGGAAGAACCUGUAAGGUCCAUAGAGCUUGAACAAUUAUCGAAUUGUAAAUCUUUGCAAACUAUCAAUGUCAGUAAUCAGUCACUCCAGUCGGUCUCCAAUUAAUGUCGGCCCUUCGAUUAGAAGGUUAAUUUAUUCCUUUACUUAUGAAAAAAUACGCAUAAAUAUGUACAUAUAUAUAUUUUACGUAUACAGGGUAUCCAUAUGAAUCAUUAAAUAAUUUUUUUUUACUCAGGUUUCAAUU